AAUGCGUAGAAGGUUCUGAAGCGAAAGUCAUUAAACAGAAAAUUUGACCGUGUAUAGUGACAAUGAGGACAACAGAACGACUGCACAUACUGUCUGGAGUUGUGUGUAUUUAAUGAAUUCAUUAUAUUUUGUUUUGUGGUAGCAAUCGAUUUGCUCCAAUGCAUUUCAUACUACCUAGUGCCUAGGUGGCACAAUGAGACUUAAAGAAUGGCGGAUAUCUGACUAAAUCAACUACCUCAUCGAAUCAAAGAAAGGCAACACGGUAUUUCUUCCCUCAGGUCGAAAAUGUGAUAUUAAUAUCCUGGCAUUAUGACAAUGUGAGAAAAUAUCAAACAACAACAUAAGCAUCACUUUACCAUGGCCUCAUCUACUCCAACUGUACCUCUGUGUAGAGGAAUUCCGGCCACAGGAACCACGCCUACUGUUUCACCAGAGGAAACAAAUUUUCUUCGCUUUGUUAAUCUGGUCCUUAAGAGAGCACCAAAGGCUCUGAGGGUCCAUUUUGAUACAGUUCAUCCUCCAAGUAACCUUGUUUCUGACCUAGUGACACAGAGACCUAUGCUGUUAAGCUUAAAAGCUAGAAGAGUAAUAAAUCAGGUCCAGUGGGAUACAUUAUUUGGAGUUUCCAAUCCUAUGUCAAAGGACUUUGAUGUGACACUGUUAAUCUGCCUUUUACGAAACAUGAGUCCCUCUACACCAGCACCAGCCGGAGGAUUCGACAUUCUACCCAGUCUGUCAGAUGUCAGUACUGGGGCUGACUUAGCAAGAAUUAAGUUCUAUAGAAACAAAGUGGCCCAUUCAGCAGAUGCAAGGAUGAACAUAAAUGAAUUCAACUCAAGCUGGACGGAUGUUGAAGGGGCUAUUGGAAGACUUGGAGGUUCUACAUUACUAUAUGAAACGAAAACUUUAAGAUUUUCUCCAAUGGAUGAGUCCGAGAGAGAACUUAUAUUGGAGCUUCUUCUCGAAAUUAAUCAAUUGAGACUGGAAAAUUUAGAAACGGUCCCUUGGAAUGUUAGAGAAUCAAUUGAAGAAAAAUUAAUGGCCUGGGAGGAAGAAGAUCAUUUGUUUGUAGAAACAAAAGCAUCAACCAGUAUCGAAAAGUUUGUUAUGGAAAAUUCAUGUGUUGUGGUUGUUGGUCAUCCAGGGUCAGGAAAAUCAGCUAUUAUUCAUCACAUUGCUCUUAAAAUGGGAAAACAAGGAUUUUCUGUUAUACCUAUUAAAAGCCCUGAUAAAAUUUUGGAUUAUUACAACAAAAGACACGCUCAAGUGUUUGUGAUUGAUGAUCCAUGUGGUGAAUUUUCGGUUAAUGAUCAGGCUUUUGAAUGGAUCAAAUAUUCCGAAGACAUUAAGCGAUGUCUGAACUUUAAACAAAGGAAAGAGCAAGUUCAGUCAAAACUUCUUGUUUCGUGUCGAUUAGCUUUAACCUCAGACCAUAAAUUCCGUAAAAUUAAGGUGUUUUCCAAUUUCAUAUUCAGUUUAGAAAACCAAAAAAAUCAUUUAUCGAUAACUGAGAAGAAAAAGAUCUUAGAAGCUCACUUUCAGUGUGAACUUGAUUUUCCACCAAAGCUGUUUGAAAAGCAUAUUGACUGUUUCCCGUUGCUUUGUAGACUGUAUGUUCACGUUUGGGCUGAUCCAAAGUGUUUGGAAUCUUUUUUUGAAAAUCCGUUUAUUCAUUUGGUCUCAAAGCUAAACCUGAUGAUAGAAGAUCCAAAACGAGAAAGCAUUUAUGAAUAUUGUGCUUUAGUUUGUUGUUCCCUUUCAGAAGACAAACUUGCUUUAUAUCUAUCUAACAAGGAUAAAAAUCCAUCUGACAACUUUGAGUGCCUUGAACAAAUUCACAAUGCUUGUGAAAUUGAUCUCAAUCCCUCGGAAUUAUUAUCUGCUGUGAACAGACAAAGUGGAAAGUAUAUCAAACAAGUCGGCCAAACAUUUUCUGUAAUACAUACAAAACUACUGGAUAUAAUCAUUUGGCAUUUCGGGAAACAAUCACCAAAAACAUUGAUAAAAUUUUCUCCAUUAGAAAUAUUUCAAAAUAGGCUUAGACCUUUUGGAAAAUUAAAAUGUGAUGAUAAUAAAGAUUUGUUCCUCGUAGAAUUGGACGAAAGUAUGUUGACAUGUUACGUAGAAAGAAUACAAAAAGAUAUAGAACGAGGAAUAGUUGUUGAAGUUUUUCAAAACCCAGCCCUGCCAAACGCAAAGGUUGAAUCUUGCAUAUUUUCACUGUUAGAAGAGAGGCAUGUCUUGGCUGAAACACUAACGAAAACAGGCCAAAGCUUGUCAGCAGGUAGAAUGGACUCUAUGACUUCGUUUUCGAAAGAAGAAUUAUUCAGAAAUAGCCAAAUUUCAUUUCUUCAUUUACUUAUUGCAUACAACUGGUCAACAUUUUUAGAAUAUCUGUUUCAAAUGGAAAAUGAGACUCUUUUUCAAACAUUAUUUGAUCAGAAGGCAUGUUCAAUAUAUUCGGCUAUUCUUAGUGGGAAUAUUGAAAUUGUUAAAUGGUGCUUUGACUACUAUUUUAAAAUAUAUGAAAGUGUUCAAUACCUUAUGGAGGAAAUGUUUUCAGAUGAUAAUUGUUUGUAUUGUGACUUUGAUAAAAAAAAGAAAAGUCAUGAAGAUUAUUGUCAAAUUGCACGAAUCCCAUUGUCAAUUCUUGUCUGUAUAACGGGGAAAAUAGAAAUAUUGGAAUUCCUUAUCCAAAAGAAAGUCUGCUCUCAGGCAGAUCUUACCUCAAAUUUUCAUUUAAUGGAAGAAAUGGUUUCACCUUUAAUGGUAAGCAGUUUAUAUGGGCAUUGUGAUCUUACUCAUUUCUUGUUGUUAAACGGGGCAACUGUAAACUUUCAGAAUGAACUCGGUAUUUCUGCACUCCAUGAUGCCUGUCGGAAUAAUCAUAUAAGUGUCAUUAAACUGUUGCAUGACUUUGGAGCUGAAGUAAAUAUCAAAGAUGACAACGGUGAGACACCAUUCUCCCUAGCAUGCCGAAAUGGUUCAUUGGAAGCUGCAGAUCUUUUGAUUACUCUUAGGGCAAAUGUCAAUUUACAAGACAAUCUUGGAUGGACAGCUCUACAUUCAUCUAUUUUUUUUGAGCAGAAAAGAAUGAUUCCUUUCCUAAUUGAAAAGGGAUGCGACAUUAACUUGACUGAUAAUGACGGCGAAACUUCUUUAUCGUUAGCAUGUUUUCUUGGAAAUUGCGAUACCAUCAAGUAUCUACUAGAAAAAGGGAUAAAUAGACAAUAUCAACAGACUGGACUUUUGAAAGCUUGUCAAAGUGGAAAAGUAAAUACCGCCUCUUUCUUAUUGGAACAAGGACUGGAUAUAAAUUAUAGGGAUGAGAAUGGUCUGGCAGCACUUCACGUCAGUUGUGCGCAUAACAACUCAGAACUUCUUCAUUAUCUGCUCUCCAAAGGAGCGUGUCCAAAUAUUCUCACCAACGACAAUCGAACUCCUUUGCAUAUUGCUUCAGAAAAUUUAUUUGAAGAAUGCAUCUCAAUUCUUGUAAAACACGGGGUAAAUAUAAAUGCAUUAGAUAUGGAGAAUAAAACAGCACUACAUUACGCAUGCCGAAAUCCAAACACUGAACGAUUUUUUACACACGAGACAAGAAAAAAUGACAGGUGUUUCCAUGGGAAACUGAAUGAGUUAACGGACGUCCAACAGAAUUCUGGAUCCAAUGUUAUUUCAAAUAAUACACCGGAUAUGACCAAAUAUAUAUUGGAUUACUGUCAAUAUGAAAACUCAUUAAUAGAGAAACUUGAAAGGAUAGUCAAUAUUCUUAUUCAGAGUAAUAUCGAUAUAAACAUUCCUGACAAAGAUGGCAUUACUCCCUUACACACUGCCUGUUUAGGGAUUUUUUCAAACGUCAUCGAGAUGCUUUUGAGAAAUGAGGCACAAGUUAAUUUGCUCGACAAAGAUGGACGAACUCCUUUACAUGUGGUGUGCUUAAAUGGAAAUUCAAAGGUGUUAAUGUUACUUAUACAAAAUGGAGGAAAUGUUAAUAUUGCGGACAAGACCGGAUCGACACCGUUACAUAUCGCUGCUCAACACCACAAUAUUGAUAUUCUUUCUAGUUUAAUUUCUAAUGGAGCAAAUGUGAAUUUUCAGGAUCACAAUGGUUUAACACCAUUGCACGUUUCAUGUUACAAUGACGAUAUAGAUAUUGUACAAAAGCUGUUGGAGUCUGAUGUCGAUGCCUCAAUUCUUUCGAAAGAUGGUCUGGAUCCUCUAACGGUGUCAGUUGCAAACGGCUACUUUCAUAUAUCAGAAGAAAUUUUGAAAAAAGGUGUUCACAUACAUGAUAUGAACUUUUCGUAUUUGCUACAAUGUGUCAAGUGUAAAUCAAUUAUUUGCCAAGUUUUGGAAGAGUACAAUGAAUUCUUUACCUACAGAAAUAGUGAAGGACAGACUCUUCUACACUUAGCAACCUUGGGAAAAAUGAUACUAUGGAUUGAAUGUCUCCAAGGCAAGGACGAUUUGAUUAACGUUUCCGACAACGAAGGACAUAUUCCCUUUUUUUACGCAAUUGAAAACGAUCUGCAAGACAUUAUAAAAUUAUUUUUAAAAGAGGACCUGUCUGAGGCAAUGGAAAUUGAAUAUCUUCGCAUGGCACAUAAACUAGGCAGAGGAGAUAUAGUAUCAAUACUGUUCGAAAAAUAUCCCAGUUUACUGAGUAAUUUAAAUGGGAGUGAUUAUAGAAUCGUACCGAAGUUGCUGAGGACCCAACGUGUAUCCAAUAAAAUAAUGGAAAAUGCUUUAAAAAGCAGAAAGUACCUAGACAUAUACAGCAUUAUUCUUGUUGAUCUUCCAUGUGAGUUAUGGAACGUUCAUACAAGCACAGUACCAUGUCUAUCUCCAGAAAACUGUAUGACAAGCGACCGCAAUUGGUUAGAGGAGAAAAAGAUAAUUGAUGAAGUGAGAUCCAUUAGAAAUGUUACAGAUUUAUACCCCCUUGAUAUAUGGCCGCUUCUUUUCUACUCAGAUUAUUCUCCGAUGUUUGAAAGUGUAUCAUGUUCCGAAUUUGUUCGUUUUGCUACAUUGAAGGAUGAAAUUGGAAAUACCUUUUUACAUUAUAUGUGUUUGAUGAAAAAUGAUUUAUCGCGUAUAAAACAUUAUUUAUUUUUAUUGAAAAAUAAAUAUUCGUUCUAUGAUUUUUUUUCCCAAAAUACGGUAGAUAUAAGAGAGCUUAUUAAUAUGCAGAACCUUGCGGGAUGUACACCUCUACACUACGCAGUAAGAAAUCCUCACGCAUUUCGUUUACUUGCUGACUUGGGUGCUGAAAUCGGAAUUAAGGAUAAAUCUGGUCAUUAUGCUGAACAUUAUAUGGAAUGUCGAACAACAUCUUUUUUAAAAAAUAUUACUUCCGUGCUAUCAAUUAAAAAUUGAAAUAGAUACAAAAUUAAUCAAAUAACACAAGAGCAUUGCAAAGAGGAGCAUCCCCUCGCAAAGAGCAUAUCAUUUAAAUCAAAACAGCAUUGGACAUAAAUUCCAAUGUUAAUUUUAUCACUUCCGUUUCAUACAUCGCUAGCUCACUCACAAAUGAACACACACAAUUACGUUACUAUAUCUAUUUUGCGAGGGUUAUAAUAUACUGAGAUGCAAAAAAACA